CCGGAUAUCAGACAAGUUCCUCAUCAAGACGUUGAUGCGGCCGUCCGCCUUUUGGUCUCGAGGUGGCAGCAAGUGGUGUAAUGGCAUCGAGGUGCCAUUCCAGGACACACGAUUGUAUCGUGCUCUGACUCUCCCGAACCAUCUACAAGUCCUACUAGUCAGCGACGCUACAACGGAGAAAGCGGCGGCUGCAAUGGCUGUGCAAGUCGGACAUCAGAGCGAUCCUGCCAACAUUCCUGGGCUCGCGCACUUUCUCGAGCACAUGUUGUUCCUUGGCACAGAAAAGUUUCCUGAUGAGACGUCGUACAAGAAGUUCUUGAGCGCACACGGCGGUCGAAGCAAUGCGUCCACAUCGGCGGUCGAUACAAACUAUUAUUUCGAUGUGGGGCCGGCCCAUCUCCAUGGAGCGUUGGAUCGGUUUGCCCAAUUCUUUAUUUCACCUCUGUUCACACCAACUGUAACCGAACGUGAGAUGCAUGCCGUGGACGCCGAAAAUGCCAAGAACUACCAAAACGACGCGCGGCGACUGUACCAGCUGAGUAAAUCGUUGUCAAACCCAGUGCACCCCUUUCACAAGUUUGGAACGGGUAACUUGACGACUCUCGGGCAUCGUCCGCGAGCACAAGGCGUGGAUAUCCGCAAAGAGCUUUUGGCGUUCUACGACCGGCACUACUCUGCAAACGCGAUGAAACUCGUCGUGUACGGCAAAGAAGACUUGAACGUGCUCGAAGACUGGGCCACGACGCUUUUUUCACCCGUGGCAAACAAUAGCGUCGAGUCGCCACGUGUCGCCGACGGCUGCCAUCCCUACGAACAGCCUCAGCAAGGUCGUGAAAUCCAAGUCGUCCCAGUAAAGGACGUGCGUUUGCUUGAACUGUCGUUCCCCCUGCCUCCGGUUCGGGCACAAUACUUGACGAAGCCGCACCGUAUGCUCGCGUACCUGUUCGGGUACGAAGGCCAUGGGUCCCUCUUGGCGUAUUUCAAGGCGAUGGGUUACGCCAACUCGCUCACGGCUGGGCUCACCAAGGAUUUCUCCGACUGGGCCAUGUUCUCCAUCAAGAUCACCCUCACGGACGAGGGCGUUGCCAACUAUCAAACCAUGGCUCAGGCGUGCUUCCACUUCAUCAACCUCGUGUCUGCAGCGCCGCCCGAUCUACUCGCGUCAUAUUUUGAGGAGGCUCAGGCCCUCGCGAACCUUCGUUUUCGCUUUCGCAACCAAGAACAGCCGAUCCACUACGUUUCGUGGCUGACAUCCAACAUACAAACGUUUCCUGUCGAAUCCGUCAUCGUUGGUCCGUCCCUCCUGGACCACCAUGACGAUGCAGGCGUCCGCAGUCUGCUCAAGCUCAUGGACCCAUCUCGUGUGCGCUUGACUCUCGUCAGCAAAACAGUCACGCCAGUGGCGACCGAACCGUGGCUGCACGCAGCGUAUUCCGACUCGCCGUUGCUUGUUGAAUCGGUCGAUCCGUCGUUGCUGUCUGACUCGUCGGCCCUCUACCUUCCACCCCCAACCAACCCUUUCAUUCCCCUGUCGUUUGACCUGAUGCCAUCGUCGUCGACCGCGUCGUUCAAAGACAUGCACGUACUCCGCGACGAUCACCAGUGCCGUCUCUGGCUCAAACCAGGCAACAGCUUUGGGAAGCCCAAGACAAGCCUUCGCCUCAAGUUCUACCACUCCCUCGUGUAUGCAUCGCCCAUGCACGCGGUCCUCACGGAAUUGUUUGCUUCAUGCGUUCGGGAUAAAGUUGCACAAGACCUGUAUGACGCCGACGUGGCCGGAAUGAAAGUAUCUGUGUCCACGUCCCCAACUGGAGUCACCCUGCACAUGGACGGCUACAGCGACACGCUGUCGCUGGUCGUGGCAAAGGUGCUCGAGAUUGUCGUUAAUCCGCGACUGAUGGAGCCGAGUUUCCAUCGUCUCAAGGACAAGCUCGUGCGGGGGUAUGCGAACGCAGCUCUGGACGAGCCUCAUGUCCAUGCGAUCCAAGUCCGGUCGUGGCACUUGACGACACCAGCAUGGUCAACGCCGGAAAAGCUGGCAGUGGCUGGGGGUCAUGGUUCCUCCGUGACGUGGGAGAGCCUCGUCGAGCAUGCGAUGGUGCUACUCCAGUCCGGGUUCACCGAGGGCUUUGUCUAUGGAAACGUGGAUAAGAGCCAGGCGCAGGAAUUAAUGGCAUGCGUGGACCGCGCGUUGCAGGCCGUUCGGGGCAAUACGAGCGAAUGGAUGGCAAGGUCCUGCGCACCGACUGUCGCCCCACCUCGCCGAAACAUCCGACUCGAUGGAAACUACGUCGUGCGCGAACGAAACCCAAACAAGUCCAACCCAAACGGGGCUGUGAAUGUGCUGUACCAGCUGGGUGAGGACUCGCCGACGAUGCGCGCGACGAGUGCUCUGUUGGCCCAAUUGAUCAAAGUGCCGUGUUUUUCAACGCUUCGAACCAACGAGCAACUCGGGUACCUCGUUUCGAGCGGCCAGUACAUUUCGCACAACGUGGUGUACGUGUACAUCAGCAUCCAAUCCAACAAAUACUCGCCGUUGCAUUUGCAAGCGCGCGUGGACGAGUUCUGCCGCGCGUUUCAUUCGCAGCUGCAACGAUCGCUGGUGGACGGCGACGACGAUUUUCAGCAACAUCAAGCCUCCGUGGUGGCACAGCUGGUGGAAGCGCCCAAGACGUACGAACAAGACUGUGACCGGUUGUGGCACGACAUCACAAGCGAAUCGUACGAUUUUGGACUUCGAGAAAAGGUCGCCGCGGUGGUGCCGACGCUAACGUUGGCAAGUGUCGUGGAUGUGGUCUAUGGCAGGUUGGUGAAUCCAGCGUCGAGGCAUCGAUUGAGUGUCCAGAUCUUCGCCCCCACCGACAACAUUCCGCCCCAUCCUGGCGUCGACGCAACUGUGAUUGGCGACCGAUCGCAAUUCAAGAAACGCAUGGGCCUCUUCCCCGCUCGCGCACGCCAUGCUGGAGUGGACCAUCCAGCAAAAUUGUAAAUGUCCAAGGCGCACAGUGUUCCACGCGGUUUUUUCGCUCAAUCGUGGACAUCUCGACCGCGAAUGAACACGAAACAGCGCUUGCUGACCGUACGUGGCUGACAAGCCUCCAUGCAACGACGCCUGGGAUGUAUACGCAGAUUGGGCUGGCAACAUGGUUUCGCGCGAAUGCGCCGAUUUUAUGGACA